AUGAUUUACGGAGAAACAAGCGUUCGAGAAAUUUUGCAGAAAAUGAUAACCUUUGGUUGGCUGAAUUUGGAAGAGGUACUUCUUGAAGAAGCGCGUAGUUCUUACGCUGGAUCUGGUCUAACUGUGAUGGAAACAUCGGCAAGAACCGGCUACAACGUAAAGAUGUUGUUCCAAACAAUGGCGCGACAAGUGCAGGAAUCGCCAAUUAUUGUAGAUGAACCGCUAAGAACCGGCUACAACGUGAAGAUGUUGUUCCAAACAAUGGCGCGACAAGUGCAGGAAUCGCCGAUUAUUGUAGAUGAACCGCUAAGUGAAUCUGUUUUGUUGACUGCAGAAGAGGUCCCUAUGGAACACGCGGAUUGCAUGUGCUGA